CGGCCCCGAGCGGCGCUCCCGGGGCGGCGCGGCUGGGGAGGGGUCGGAGGUGGUGGCAGCAGCCCGCGCCGGUGGCCUCGCCUGGGACAGGGUGCGAGGGCCCCGCUCCGUGCCCGCCUCGCACAGCCGCCCUCGAGACCCCCGUGUCCCCCGACCGCCGUCUCGCCCUGCUCUGCGCUCCCAACCGCCCCCAUGGACUUACUGGGCCCCAUGGAGAUGACGGAGGGCUCCCUCUGCUCCUUCGCGGCCGCCGACGAUUUCUACGAUGACCCGUGCUUCAACACGUCGGACAUGCACUUCUUCGAGGACCUGGACCCCCGGCUGGUGCACGUGGGCGGGCUGCUGAAGCCCGAGGAGCACCCGCACCAUCACGGGCACCACCACGGGCACCCGCACGAGGAGGAGCACGUGCGGGCGCCCAGUGGGCACCACCAGGCCGGCCGCUGCCUGCUGUGGGCGUGCAAGGCCUGCAAGAGGAAGACCACCAAUGCCGACCGCCGCAAAGCCGCCACCAUGAGGGAGCGGCGGCGGCUCAGCAAGGUCAACGAGGCCUUCGAGACCCUCAAGCGCUGCACCUCCACCAACCCCAACCAGCGCCUGCCCAAGGUGGAGAUCCUGCGCAACGCCAUCCGCUACAUCGAGAGCCUGCAGGCCCUGCUGCGCGAGCAGGAGGACGCGUACUACCCGGUGCUGGAGCACUACAGCGGGGAGUCAGAUGCCUCCAGCCCUCGCUCCAACUGCUCCGACGGCAUGAUGGAGUACAGCGGGCCGCCUUGCAGCUCUCGCAGGAGAAACAGCUAUGACAGCAGCUACUACACGGAAUCACCAAAUGAUCCAAAGCAUGGGAAGAGUUCUGUUGUUUCCAGCCUCGACUGCCUCUCAAGCAUUGUGGAGAGGAUUUCCACAGACAACUCCACAUGUCCCAUACUGCCUCCAGCUGAAGCUGUUGCUGAAGGGAGUCCCUGUUCCCCCCAGGAAGGAGCAAGCCUGAAUGACAGCGGAGCCCAGAUUCCUUCCCCCACCAACUGCACCCCGCUUCCUCAGGACAGCAGCAGCAGCAGCAAUCCUAUCUACCAAGUGCUAUAAAGGCAGGCCCAGCCGGACUGCACCAAGAACAAAUGGCUCCGUUCAGCCAAGCUCCAAGACCUGCCUUCUAAGACGGAAAGGACUUCAAGACUUGUUCCAGUUUUAAAAUAUCAUUCAAAAUUCCUUAUAUAACUUUUGAAACCUGUAUUACUACAAAAUACACUUAGUUAUUUAUUGGUCGUUAAACUAAAGUUAUUUAAUAUGUCCAGAGAUAAAAGUGUAUACAGGGAAAUGGCCAAUGUUUAAUUUGGGCUUUGGAGAAUAGGAACCUAGCUCUUGAAUAUGGAGGAGAACAGAAAUCUACAACAGCAGUGGUGUGACAGAUCCUUCUUCUUAUUACCCCUGUUCUGGCCAAAAUAAGGUUGUGGACCAUUUUUUGUAAAACUUUUUGUAUACUUGUAAAUAAGAGUUGCUUUGCAAAAAAAAAACAAAAAACAAAAGAAAGAAAGAAAGAAAAAAAAGAAAAGAAAGAAGAAAAAGAAAAAAAUGAAACAAAAGCUAAAAUUAAGAACAAAACAAAAAUAGGAAAAAUUAAAAAUAUAUAUAUUUAAUGUUGCUUGGUUUGUUGUGCCAAACUUUAACUUUAUAUAUUUAUACGAUGUGAUUGCCAAGAAUGUUUUCAACAGUAUUCUAAAUAAAGACCCUUAUUUAUAAAAUCUGUGGCAUUAUCUUGACUUUCAUUAGAGCUUCUAGAGUUACUGGUGCAUUCAGGAGCGAUGUUAAGAUUGCUGCCUUGGCAGGAAGAAGAUACAGGCUCUGAUUCAGCAAAGAAACGAGGAGCUUGCUUCAGCUGCGUUACUUUCAAUUACUUUGUGCAAAGGCAUUGCUGAAAAAGGGUCUGCUUUCUUCCUGUUGUAUAUUAGUGAUUGCUAAACCAAGUCUUACACAUCAGUGGUCUUUACUAAAAAAAGAUUUGGGAGGUAAUAAGCAUAUGCCUCUUGUUCCUCCAAGUUCACAAUUACAUGACUAGAGCUUACGAAGCUGUAAUAGAAGUGGGAGUCCUAGUAAAUUAGACUCUCCAGAUUCCAUUACAGCUACUAUAAAUUAGAGCUGUAUGACAAUAUUUUGCAAGUUCAGGUACUACAUUCCCAGACAAAUAUUCAGAUUUUUCAUUUAAGUUCUAAUUUUCAAGUGACUAUAACAUAUUCGUAUACACUCAGGUAUUAGAAAAUACUUUGAAGUCGCUUU